AUGCUUCGACGGUUCUACCAAACGCUGGUGCCGUCGUUUGCGCUGCGAGUCCAUCAGCCUGUGCCGUCGCUGAAGACUAAGUUCCACCAUAAUAUGCAGUUUAGGCGGAAGGCAGAGUCAAGAAUUAAAAUACUGCGACAGAUAAUACCCACCGAAUACAUGCUAGACGACAAUCUAUUAUACUAUUGCAUCUACUUCAGAGACCACGCUCGCCUCAAGACCCGGCUCCAGGGGGUAGGAGGCAGCGACGUACGCAUAGACCUCGAAAACAUACAAAUGUUGGGUAGGCAAAUAUUAAGAAAAAGGACAUACAUGUAUCUAUUUAACGAGGCGCUCAAAGCGGAACAAGCCGGCCCUACAGACGACCUGUUUGACUUCCCAAGAAAUCUGCGACGCAUGGCCAACGUGCACAAUCGCAAGGAAUUCAUAGACCAGUUUUUGCGAGCGCUUGAGACAGAUUUCAAGCUGGAUAGAAUAUCUGAAGAUCAAGAGGUGGUCAAGCUUGAACAGGAAACGCGACCAACCGUUCUGCUCUAUGUGGUUGGGUUCAUUCAUUGCCAGCAUGGCGAGCAAAAAUGCGCAGAAUUUGUCGACGAAUUUGUUAUCAAGGGUCGUCUCUCACAAGCGUACACUCAUCGCGGGCUGCUAGAAAUAGCCAAAGACGAUAGACCUCAAUUCACAUACUGA